AUGGCCUCCACCACAGCUGAACAACCUACCUUCACCCCCCUCCCCCGCCGCCACAUCACCCUCCCCAACCCGCUCACCAACACCACCAUCACCGCCUCCUUCGCCGCUUCUUUCCCCCCCACCUCUUCUUCCUCCUCCUCCCCCGACCCCGCCAAGCCGACCAUCGUCUUCCUCCACUCCUUCUCCACCGACUCCUCCCUCUUCGCCCCCCAAUUCGCCGACCCCCGCCUGCGAGACUCGUGCAACUUGAUCGCCAUCGACUUGCUCGGGCACGGGGGGACGAGGAUUUACGAAGGAAUUGUUGGGGAGGAGGAGAACGAGGAGGAUGGGGAGCGGCGGCAGAGGGACUGCGGGUGGACGUAUUGGGACAGCGCGGCGAUGGUGGUGGGGGUGCUGAGGGGGUUGGGGUUGCGGAAGGGGUGUUUUGUGCAGGGGACGAGCCAGGGGGGGUGGGUGGCGGUGAGGGUGGCGUUGGUGGCGCCCGAGAUGAUCGCCGGAAUCAUCCCCAUGGGCACAUCCAUCGACCACGAGUCCCCCCACUCCAUCACCCUCGGCUGCUGGGACGGCCGAUCCGUCGCGCUCAACGGGCCCAUCGCCUUCACCAGUACCUCCGCCGGCUCCCCCACGCCGUCCUUCGCCCCUCCCGACCAAUACUGCGACUACCUCGUCGCCGUCGGCUUCGCGCCCGGCCGCCUCUCGCCCGCCGCCGCCGCCUUCUGGAACCGGCGCAUCAAGGAAAACUACGCGGGCGACGCGGGCAGGCGCCGCUUGCGGACCGCCGCCGUGUGUCUGGCCGAGAGGGACGGGCUGCUGGGGAGGGUGGGGGAAGGCGUCAGGUGUCCGGUCUUGUGGCUGCAAGGGGAUCGGGACGAGGUGUAUAGCGUGGCGAAUGCGGAGGAGGGGAUCAAGGCGUUUGGGGAGGGGGGAGAGAACAGGUUGGUGGUUGUGGAGGGGGGGUCGCACUUUUUGAGUGCGGAUGCGUUUGGGGAGGUGAAUGGGUUGGUUUGGGAGUUUGUGGAGAAGUGGUGGAAGGGUGGUGAGCUGGUGUGA